ACAGUCAUGAAGCAGCCAUUCUCUAACUGGACCAGCUGGCUGUCGGUGUGCCUGUGCUGCUGGCUUGGGGGUCUGAGUGCGGCCUUUACCACGAGGAACUCCAGGCCCAACAUCGUGCUGCUGAUGGCCGACGACCUUGGGGUGGGGGACAUUUGCUGCUACGGUAAUAACACAGUGAGCACACCCAAUAUUGACCGCCUGGCAAGCGAGGGCGUGAGACUCACCCAGCACCUGGCAGCCGCCUCUGUAUGCACCCCAAGUCGGGCUGCCUUCCUGACCGGCCGGUACCCCAUCCGAUCAGGAAUGGCAUCUGCCUUCAACCUGAACCGAGGGCUCACCUGGCUUGGAGGCUCGGGCGGUCUGCCCACCAAUGAGACGACCUUUGCCAAGUUGCUGCAGCAUCGUGGCUACCGCACGGGGCUCAUAGGCAAGUGGCACCUGGGUUUGAGCUGUGCCUCUCGGGACGAUCACUGUUACCACCCACUCAACCAUGGGUUCGACUACUUCUACGGGCUGCCCUUUGGCCUCCUCAACGACUGUCAGAUGUCCAAGACUGCAGAGCUUCACCGCUGGAUACGGAUCAAACUCUGGAUCUCCACGGCGGUGCUCUGUCUGGUCCCCCUCCUGCUGCUCAUCCCCAAGUUCGCCCACUGGUUCUCUGUUCCGUGGAAGGUCAUCAUCGCCUUUGCUCUUCUUGCCUUUCUCUUUUUCAUUGUCUGGUACUCCAGUUAUGGGUUUACUCGACGUUGGAACUGCAUUCUUAUGAGAAACCAUGAAAUCAUCCAGCAGCCUAUGCGGGAGGACAGAGUGAGUUCCCUCAUGCUCAAGGAGGCUCUUGCCUUUAUCGACAGGUAUAAACGCAGCCCCUUCCUCCUCUUCGUGUCUUUCCUGCAUGUCCACACUCCACUGAUCACCAAAGAGAAAUUUGUGGGACACAGUAAAUAUGGACUCUAUGGGGAUAAUGUCGAAGAAAUGGAUUGGAUGGUGGGUAGGAUCCUGGAGACCCUGGACCGGGAGCUCCUGACCAACCACACGCUGGUGUACUUCACCUCUGAUAACGGGGGUCGCCUGGAGGUGCAGGAAGGCGAGGCCCAGCUGGGGGGCUACAACGGCAUCUACAAAGGUGGCCAGGGGAUGGGCGGAUGGGAAGGGGGCAUUCGUGUCCCAGGAAUAUUCCGGUGGCCGACAGUCCUGAAGGCUGGGAAAGUGAUUGAUGAGCCAACGAGCCUAAUGGACAUUUACCCGACCCUGUCUUAUAUAGGUGGAGGAAUAUUACCCCAGGACAGAAUCAUUGACGGCCGCAAUCUAAUGCCCCUGCUGGAAGGCAGGGUGUCCCACUCGGAGCACGAAUUCCUCUUCCACUACUGUGGGGUCUACCUGCACACAGCCAGGUGGCAUCAGAAGGACUGUGCAACUGUGUGGAAGGUCCAUUAUGUGACUCCCAACUUCUCCCCAGAUGGGGCUGGUGCCUGUUAUGGAAGUGGUAUAUGUUCAUGCUCUGGAGAUGUCACCUACCAUGACCCUCCCCUGCUCUUUGACGUCUCCAAAGACCCUUCUGAGGCCCGACCUCUUAACCCUGAUAAUGAAGCGUUAUUUGACUCGGUGGUCAAGAAAGUCGAGGCAGCCAUCAAAGAGCAUCGCAGGACACUCACACCUGUCCCACAGCAGUUCUCAGUGUUCAACACCAUUUGGAAACCAUGGUUGCAGCCCUGUUGUGGGACUUUUCCCUUUUGUGGGUGUGACAAAGAAUAUGACAUCCUCUCCACUGCUUGGUGA